UGGUGGAGUGAGGGUGUGCCGCUGCUCUCCCCACCUCACCUUCACACUGACCCACCCACUAACCCACCUCACUUUUAUUCUACACCCGAGUGAACACAGUUUUUUAACACACCUCCAGUGCUCCUCCGAGGCUUUUAAAAACCUCCCUCAGUGCUCGAUUUGUGUUUUUUUUUAAUGUACGGAGCAAGAGAGGAAUUGAACAACGCGAUAACGCAGAGUGUGUGGAUUAUCAACAUCUCCUGCAUAUAUCUUUCCAACGAGACAUAAAUCUUGCUUUAAAUGCAAGAUCUGUUUUUCUUUCCUGACGAGCACUUGCAACAUCUGCCGUAGAUUCUACCUCUUCCAGGCAACAGUUUUGAGCAUCUUACUGGAACACGCAAUAUAUCUUCUGAGAAGACUACCUUUUCUAGAACGGCACCUGCUGUUUCUUGACUUAAAAACGCUUGAACGCCCUGUGUUGCAAGAAAGUUCAAAUCCUCAAGAGAUUUUGACUCUUCCAGACCCUUUUUUUGGAAGACCAAGCAAGUCUACAUGACAAUCUCCUCUUUCAGACCUUUUUCUGGAAGACCUAACAAGUCAACAUGAGAAUCUCUUAUUCCAGACCCUUUUCUGGAAGGCCAAACCAGUCUCCAUGAGCUUGAAGACCCUGUGAAGAACCUACAUGAGAUUCCGACUCUCCCAGGCCGACGCUUGAAGACUGUCCUGAAAGACCAAACAAAUAUCCUGGAAAGUCUGCCUCUUCCAGACUCCGAGCUGGUACACUUCACACGUCUCCAACUAUCAGAACUGAUCCAUCUGCUGGUUGGCGGAGAAAGUUUAAAUGGUUGUGCUUCCAGCUUCCAGCUAAGAAGAAACAUAAAUCUCUCGCCAGACAAUCCGCCUGGAAUUCCAAGUGUAAAUAGAAAUGUUUUCCAGGAAUCUGUGAAAAAAAGGGGGACGUAAAUUGUGCCAAUCGCUGGAAUUUUAAGUGUAAAUAAUGGUGCUUCCAUGUCCGUGAAAAGUGUUACUUUAUAAUCGUAUAUUAUACAAGGAAACUUACGAAUGUUGCUGGACAGACGAAAAGGAAGUAAUUUUAUCUUUCCAGGCAACAUUUUUUGCAAACGUAAAGAGGCUUAUUGUAUAUCGAAGAGGCAUCUCUUUGACCUUUAUACGAGUGACUCCAGGAAGAAAGUGUAAACAGUAAUGACUUCGAUACCACUUCUAGUUUGAAAUACCUUCUAGUAGAUAAACCAUAGUAUCAAACGCCCUAUAUUUUUUUUUUUAGCUGAGUGACGCGAAGAGUAAAAAGAAAAAAUCUUUCUGGUACUAUUUAAUUUUCUGAAAGCCAUCGUGUGAAAGCCAAAAAAAAAAGUGAAAUGGUUAAAGUUUCUUCGUUCCAGUUCACAAUCCUGACUUUGAGGAUAUAAAUGAGGUUGUUUACAGUCAACAGCGGCAAAUUAAAGGUUAUUUUCGCAGCUUGAAAGACAGAAAAGCAAUAUUGGCCAAUUCCAGGUUCUCUCUAUUACCCCCUUCCCCUCCCUCGAUUUUCAGUUGUCCCCUCCCCCUUCCCCCUCCUCUUCACAUCCCCCCCUCUUCCCUUGGUCGAAAAUGACGCUCCAGAAAUUUGUGGAGUGAGUGAAAACACUUGUGGUAAAUAAUAAUCAGAGUUAGAGUUUCAUACUAAGCCUGAGCGACCUGGAUCGUGAGUUCCAGAUGAGACCCGCACCGACCUGGUGACCUGGGGGCUUGAAAAUGAAGCCAGGACCAGAAGAAAUGAGACCAGAACCUGGAGAAACGAGACCAAGACCUGGAGAGGUGGAAGCUGGACGACCUGGUGAGGACACCAGGUUAAGACCCCCUGGUGACCAGGAAGGAAGGUGUGAGGACCCGGGUCGAGGAUCUGGGAGACAGAGGCGAGGACCCGGUGUCCUGGAGACGAGGAUGGUCUUCAUGGUGACGCUGGUGCUGGCGACCAGUGCCGGCUUCCAGGUCACGGCUCUCCACACUGGUCAGUGUGACGUGGCUCUGGGUAUGCAGUCUGGCGUCAUCCCUGACGAACACAUCUCCGCCUCCUCCUACUUCGACGCCGCCGUCAACGCCAUCUAUGGGAGGGCGCACGUCGAGGUGGGUGGAGGUGCGUGGUGUCCCAGGGAGAUGGUGUACCGGGAGGGGGCCCAGUACCUGGAGGUCAACCUCGGAGGCCUGCACGUGGUGACCAAGGUGGAGGUGCAAGGCAGGUUCGGCAAUGGUCAGGGAAGAGAGUUCGCUAAGCAGUACAAGUUGCAGAUGUGGCGGCCCGGCAUGGACCACUGGACCACUUAUAGUGACGGUCGUGGCGAGGAGUUGCUGGAGGGGAACACCAACACAUACCUGGCAAAGACCUCUCAGUUGAGUCCACCCAUCAUAGCGGCCAGGGUGAGGUUCGUGCCUUACAGCGACCACCCUCGUACAGUGUGUAUGAGAGUGGAGAUCUACGGUUGUCGCUACACUGAGGGUCUGGUGUCGUACACGAUGCCUGACGGUGACCCCCGGGGCGGAGACUACAACCUCCGUGACCUGACCUACGAUGGGUCUCGCAAGGGAGGCUGGCUCUCUGGCGGUCUAGGUCAACUGAGUGAUGGUGAGACUGGUCACACCAACUUCCGUGUUGAUGCUCUGGGACGAGGCAGAGGGUACGAGUGGGUGGGCUGGAAGAACGACUCCCGCCAGACUCAGCCAGUUGAAAUCUCCUUCGAGUUCGACUCAGUCAGGAACUUCUCCGCCGUGCACAUCUAUGCCAACAACUUCUUCACCAAGGACACCCAGGUGUUCUCACGGGCUCGGGUACUGUUCAGCGUUGGUGGGGAGCACUACAACAUGCAGCCAGCUGUGGAGUUCGAGUAUGUGGUGGACCGCAUCUUCGAGCACGCACGCAAUGUGACCAUCAGAUUACACAAUGUGGCCGCCAAGUACAUCAAGCUGCAGCUCUUUUUCUCACUCAGGUGGAUCCUCAUCUCCGAAGUCGCCUUUGACUCAAUUCCAUGUGCCUGUAACCUGACGGAUGAAGAGCUGGUACUAACGACGGAGACAGUAAGAAAGCAGUCCCUAUCGGAGGUGCAGGGACAGACCCCUGUUGUGCCAGCCCAAGCCUCCUCCUCAGGAUUUCUGGUAGGGGGACUGGCCACUCUGGGCGUGGUCUUCGGCGUGGUGCCCAUUGCUCUCUGUGUCCUCUACUACAGGUACAAGCUCUCUAAAAAGAGCAAGACUCCUCCCUCUACCAUCAACAGCGUUGACACGAAAAAAGUCAUGAAAAUGAAAGACUUUCAUAUUAAUAUGAAUCUAACGCCGACUUCUAAUGGGUACUCGCGAGCCAAGGGAGAGUUGUACGGUCAUGUAACUAUGGAGGAGGAGGCAGCAGCGAUGUAUCAAGAACCCUACAAGGGCCCACUCCACAACCCUGGUUACUACACCCUCGGUCGCACUGUUACCUCUUCAGAGACUCCCCUCAAGUGCCAGCUGCCUCCUGACACCGACGACUCGGUGGACUAUGCUGUUCCUGAUGUCAAUAUGACCCCACCACCUCCGUUCUCUGACGUGUACUCUCCGCCUCCACCGGUCCCAUUAACACGACCGCCUACCACUCUUCCCACAGUCAGGACUCGUAAAGCACCCCUGCCACCACCAGUGCCGCCCAUCCCACCACCCCCUGAGCAGCAGUACUAUGCUGCGCCACAGCUCUGCCAUGCAUCCAACAUCCAAGGUGUUACCGGCUCUGUCAUUUAUGCCCUGGCUGAUGGAUCUAACUUGCUCAAAGAGCGCUCGGUUCCAGAAGUACCUCGGCAGCGCAUUCGCAUCUUGGAAACGCUCGGCGAGGGAAAAUUCGGCAUGGUGCAACUGUGCGAAGUCGAGGACCCCAAUGGAUCGCAAAUGGUAGCUAUGAAGAGCAUCAGGACUGGUUCGAGUGAAGCCACAAAGAAGGAUUUCCGUCAGGAAGCUCGAAUUCUGAGUCGCCUGGAUGACCCUAACAUCGUACAGCUGGUUGGAAUGGUGACACGGGCAGAGCCACUGUGUAUGCUGCUGGAGUACAUGAGUUGUGGCGACCUCUACCAGUUCCUUAGAAAACACCGGGGUGACGGAACGAUCAUGCCUGUCACCUUUACAUCUCCCGAGGACGAUGCAGAUCUUCCAGUUCUUAGCUAUGGAGCUCUUAUAUAUAUAGCAUCCCAGGUUGCCUCUGGAAUGAAAUACUUGGAGGCACUCAAUGUAGUCCAUCGAGAUCUGGCUGCCCGCAACUGUCUGGUGGGUAAUGAAUUAACAAUAAAAAUUUCAGACUUUGGCAUGAGCCGCCCAUUAUAUUCCAACGACUACUACCGGCUGAGUGAAGGCCGGGCUCUUUUGCCCAUCAGAUGGAUGGCGUGGGAGUCUAUCCUACAAGGUCGAUUCUCCACCAAGAGCGAUGUGUGGGCGUUCGGAGUGACACUGUGGGAGAUACUGACGAUGGUACGUCAGCAGCCCUACGAUGAGCUGAGUGACGAUGGAGUGCUGGAGAACGUGUCUCACUGCUACCAUGGUGACGGAUCUGGCAUGAUGAUGCUGCCUCAGCCUCCUCUUUGUCCCCGGGAGAUGUACGACAUGAUGACUGCUUGCUGGAGACCCAAUGACCGUCAGCGUCCUCCUUUCUGGGAGAUCCACUUGUUCCUGCAGCGUAAAAACCUGGGUUACACCCUCGACUACAUUGAGUGAGGUACCAUGUAACAUUUGGAAGCUUCUCGUGCAAUUCCCUACUUCCAAGUUAAUCUCAGCAGGUCUCAGGUCCUUGUGUGCCACGCCAUAAGUUGCUCCAUAAAGCUAUUUAUCUGGAAAUAACUAUGUUCUUCCAGUGAACUUAUCAAUUUUUUUUAAUCAAAAUUAUUACUAACCAAAAUAUCUUGUAGUGGAGCUUCCAAAUUAAAUUCUCCAGGAUAACUGAAGGUGCUUGUUUACCUUUAAAUAAAGAAUCGGUGCUCUUCCAAUUACAACGAAUUUCAAUGAAAAAAAAAAAGUCUUUAAAUGCAAAAUAUUCAACGAGUUUCUAUAAUUUCCAACAUUUUCCAGUGUGAAUCAAGGACGUAUUCAUUAUAAUCUUAAUGAGAGUCAACAAGAACCUCAACCUUCUGAACUGGAAACCGUUGUGAAAGAAAAAGUGUUCCUGAAAGAUACUUCAGUUUUCAAAGCUUCUUACUCAUUUUGUGGGUGAAAAGAGGAUGUCUUUUUCGAGGUUUUUAUCAGUGAUUAAGAAGAUGAACGCUUUAAAAAAACCUGAGGUGUUAUUGUGAAUGGAAUAGUGUAAUAGUUUCAGACUGUUGGAAGACAUUAACCUCCUGCAAGACUUACAAUUGUCCCAGUCUUUUGAAAAAGUGUUUAAGGUCUUCCAGUAAUGAACGUGAAACCGUCUUUUAAGGUUUUCAAAACUGCGAGUGAACUUCAGAAUGAUGGAAAGCAAAUAAUAUUUUGUCAUUAAGGGUCCAAAUUGGUUGUAGUGAAUAGCACCUAUGAUUCGUGAUUUGGACUCGAGUCGAUAACCAGGAAGACUGUGCUCUUGUGUGGAAUGCUACAUAUCUCACAGCCUGGCUUGGUCCUGGGUAGAACACUUACUAGUGUCACUACUCACCUUAAACACUACAGAAACAAUACAUUUCAAAAUUUUGAAUGUUCACAGUAGUGUAGUGGUAUUUGCUUCUUAUCCCUGUGGGAUUUUUUCAAUAGCAGACUCUAUCAGUUGUCCAGUAGUUAAUGGUGGUGUUCAUUUAUGAAAUUUGCACAAAACUAACUGAUGUCACUGAAAAAGUUUAUCAGGAGGAGUUCACCUCACCUUGACAGCUACAACGUCUGUGUUCUAUCACACCUCUGUAUCGUUGUUCGUAUUGUCGCCACAGUAAGUGCUUCCACAAUGUUCGUGUUUCGUUCCUCUCCUCCCCAACCCAGAAACAACAGUUAUGUUGAGGUUUGCUUGAGCUGCGUUGACUUGAUUCCCGACCCGUGUGUAGGGCGGCUCCUGUGAUUUAUCUGUGAUAUAAAUUAGUCAGGGAAUUGGUUCAUGAGUGAGAGACAAAUGAACGCAAUGAUUUCUUCCAAACCCCCCCCCCCCGGUCUUUUUUUCUUUUCGUGGAAGAUUUCAAUCAGGUUCCAACUCAGUUUUGAGUAUAUAGUGACAAUUGUUUUCUUUAGUAUACUUCAGGACGUGAUUCACUCUCAUACUUGAUGUUUCCAGGCAUAACUCGCCGCCUCAGUGAAUGCUUCAGAAUUUGAAUCUGUCUCGCUGGAGGCUUCAGAGAGCAUGAUUCGAUGUCUUGCUGGAGGCGUGAAAUAGAAUGAUUCCUUAUCUGCCUGGAGGUUUCAAUGAGCAAGAGUCAAUGUGUAGCUUGAGGCUUCAGAGACACUUCCUCAGUAUCUAAUAUGAAGACAUGGUUCAUGAAACCCGUGAGUGCUAUAGGUGUACCACCAGGUUAAAAGUGCUGUGUUUGUAGAGUCGUUUAACCUAACUGCCAGUGGUUCACUCCUUCGCCACAAUCUAAAAAGUGAUUGGCGUUUUUGAGCUUCUAGUCAAUUUGUCUGCAACUUUUAUUAAUUUUUAUCUAGCUUUUAAAGCUAACACUGCAAUAAAAGUAAUAAUCUCUCUCCCUCCGUCUCUCUCUCUCUCUCUCUCUCUCUCUCUCUCUCUCUCUCUCUCUCUCUCUCUCUCUCUCUCCCUCGUCCUCGUACUUCCAAAAACAAUCACCUGUAGAUUUUUCACAUAAUCGAAGGUGGAUUAAUUAACCUCAUGUCAAAAAGAAACAUAUCCUGUUAAUAUUUAAAUAAAUGUAUAUAAUAGUCUAGUGUUAUGGUUAUUAUUUUCUAUUUCUCAUAAAAAGCAAGAAUAAUAGCCCCGGUAUUGAUGGCAUUACUGCGCCCUCUCUCUCUCUCCCUCUCUCUCUCUCUCU